AUGGACAGGUUGAACUCCGGGUAUGGGUAUGGUCGAGUGAGUGAAGUGCAAAAGUCGUCCGUCCGACUCCCUGUCAGUCCUCUGCCAGUGGACGAACUGAACCCCUUUCAGGCCCAUUCCGACCAGACGAUCAAGAGAGUGACAGCCUUGGAGACUUCCAUGAUGGAGGUCACACGGCGGCUGGAUGACUGGACGGAGGUCACGCGGGAAGGAAUUGCAGAUUUGCGGGCCGAGAUUGGCGCGGUCAAGCUCGAGCAACGCUUUUCGCAGACCUUGCGAAAUGCACCAAACCAAGGAGAUGUGCUGAAUCGUUUCCAGCAGGAUGCAGCCACUGGUACUCCUUUGGAGGGUGGAAAGCAGGCGGAAGGCAUUGGUGAGGACCUGAAGCAUCGCUUCGAGGUUUUUGAGGAGAAGCUGUCCGCUGCUUUACGGGAAAGUGACGGUCAGACCUCCCGCCGAGCGGAUGAACUCCAGGCACUCCUCAAGGAGGAAGAGGGCCGUCGCAUGUUGCUCUUCGUCCGUCUCGAAGCUGUGGAGGCUUCGCUGCAAGACCUGCGAACGAAUCAGAGGGACAUCGCUUCGGCGAAUGAGGUGACGGAGAGGGUCUUGAAGGGUGAGCUCAAGAAGGAGGCAUCUGGAAUGCUUCACGAGUUUGACGCUCGCCUAAAAGCCCUGGAAAGUUCAGCCAUCACGACAGACACAGUCGCGGCGGAUCAGAACACCACUGCUGCCGAUCUAGGCGAAAUCCGGGCGUCGCUUUUGUCAUCAACAAACGACAUUCUGCGCUUGGCCAAGGAAGUCGCAACGAUCCGAGAGGAACAUGAUCAAGCGAUUGGAGACCUUGGUAGUCUCACCGAACGUGUGGCCAAGUCCGCCAUUGCGGGCAUUCAGCGUUCGGAGGUGGAGCUGUCUCAGCUCAUCCUAGCACGGGUGGAACCACGCGUCGCUUCCUUGGAGGCAAAGAUUGGCGGCACCCAGGCAGAGGACCUCACGGAGUCCACCGAAACAGGGAUCACAAAAACCACCAGGCCUGUGGCUGAAACAUCUUCCGAGGUGAAGCCGAGCUGGGUUGCGCAGGACGAGAGGAAAAGCCAAGGCCAAGGUGACAGUCGUCGACAGGGUGUCCACGACAAGCUGCAGGGAAUAACAGACGCGGUUCAGCAGGUCUUGGGAGCCCUCGAGUCUGGCGAGAAAGUCGGUGAGACUAGACCACCAGGAACCUUUGACAAUCAACACCUGCGAGAGAGCUCGCAGCCUACGAGCGCACGUGUUGCCGAGGCACGCGAUUUCUGGCAAGGUCCUCUUGGACGACUGCAAGAGGAGGAUGUUGCUCUUCAGGAGGUGUCGAGGGCGUGCCCAUUAGCACUUUCACCACGCGGGCCCGGACGCGCUCCCGACCGUCCUGUCUCGCCAGAACGGGCUGUGGCUGGGUCGGGGCUUGCCAGCCUUAGCCUCAGCGGAGGGCACGGCGGCCACGGGAUCGGACAUGGACGCUUCUCGAGGCCGCGGGCUUCUGCACCGGUUUCGUGGGACAAAUCGCAAACGACAUCGACGGAGAACUUGCUGAGUCACGGUCUUCCAUUCGGCCCUUCUGGCGGCACAAGGCCAACGGCUUCGCAGACUCUGCCGGUGCCGGGAGGACACCGGGAGAUUCCAGGAGACUCCGCGAGGUGCCAGCUCUCCGCAGGGAUCCCCUUGGCACAAGCCCACCCAGCAGCAUCGCCUGCACGCCCGAGUGUCGUGCAGCAGCCAUGGCACGUGCUGACAGCGAGUCGCACAUUGCCCACGAAGGCGCCUAUCAAUGGCUGCCGGAACUCCUUGACCCAGGGCCUCCGGACCCGGCAAGCAUUGUGA